AUGCCUGGAACUACAUGGAAGAGCAACUACAACAGGCGGUUUAUAACUACCUCGCACCAAGCUCUACUACUUUUUCCGCUAGCGAUUACCCGAAUGCAGCAGCUGCAUCACACCACGAUUCACAAGACCACCAACAUCAAAGCACGACCUUGUUGAACAAGAAAAAGAAAAAAUCCACCGCAGAAGUUGCUCCUCAACAUUCAGAAGCUGCUGCACCUCCUGCGGCUAAAAAAGAUGAUCGGGACUGGUACGAGAAAAACGCGCAGAAGUGGACAGAACAAGCGGACACGGUAGAGUGGGAAUUCCCCACUCCUUUCUCUCUUGUUCCCGGAGAGGAUAAACCUCCCGAGAAGAAAAGCAAAAAGCAGUCAGGAAAGAAGGAAGUCAAGGCCGACAAGAAAAAGCAGUCAGGAAAGAAGGAAGACGAGGCCGACAAAGAUGAAGCCUGGUGGGCGGAUCAGAGCUGGCUGGAAGCCCUGUACAAUUAUAGCUACGCUACUUGGGAUAAAGACAAUGCAGAAGGAACUUCGGCCGCAAAAGAUCUCUUUCACGCCACUGCAGAAGGACUGCCUAGUCAUUAUUCCGAGGCCUAUUUUUUGGGCGCCGCCGGCGGCGGAGGAGCAGAUGAAGACUACAAUUUCGCUGCCGAAGAUGUGGAGCGACUGCUUGCUGCAGUGUCAUCAGCGACGGAAAGGGAAAAAAAGACGAAAAAAGAACCAACCAGUAAGAACAAAAACAAAGCUUCCGACUGCUCGGCGCCCGACAUGAAGAACCACCAUCUCCUGGCCGCCCAGAUGGAGCAAGUGUCGAAAGCGAAAUCUGCACCCGAACAAGGGCUCCUGCACCAGCUACCAAGCGGUACAUUGGAAGAUCAGCACUACAGCACGAAAACGAAAACCGCCCUACAGCUAUCAAAUGCAAAUAUCCCUGGACGUCUGGAAGGUUGCAGCUUGUGAUGCUGUCUUUAGAUUCUAAAAAAAUCUGUAUUGCGCGACCAGAAAGAGGAGUCCAGUUCGUGUUACGUGGAGAGCAGGGCAUUUCUCAUGCAGAAUAGGCAUCAGAAAUAAGCCCUCGCAUAAUCUGUGAUGCGAGGGCAUGUAUCAUAGACAUCAUGGGUCAUGCAAAAUGUGCAACAUGACAACCGUUGCACUCUUCCAGACCAAGAAAUGUUUGCAAUGCAUAACAGCAGCAAGCGGACCAAACCCCCGCGACGGUGGCGUCCUCGAGUGCACCUGCCCGGGUCGACGAUGUCGUGAAGGCGAAAGAGCAAUAUAAAUCCGCAAUUGUUCAUCCAUCUGCAGUAUCAAAUGCAAAAAUGUCUCGGUCUGGAAACUUGUGAUGCUGGGUGGCGUAUCAUGGGGAGGCAACAUGUGCUGGCACAGCAUGACAAGUUUCUGAGCUUCUAGGUGUUUUGCCUAUUCUGCAUGAUAAACUGCGUUUCUGCAUGACAGAAAAGUGGAGCUCUUGGGUAUUAACGUGCAUGACAGAUUUAAGAGUCAUACCAGACAAGCAUGACAAACAUGCAUUCUUCCAGACCCAGACAUUUUUGCACUUGAUACGCAAGCCCGACCCUGGAUUUCAUGACUUUAACCCCACCUCCGAUGCCGCCGCCGAAACGGCCGCCGCCCCCCUUGCCGCCCCCCCUCCCGCUUCUGCUUCCAACGGCAGUAGAGACGACAGCGGCCGCUGCCCAGCGUGCUUGUUUUCCGGGGACCACGAGUAGCAGCAGUUGCUCCGCUAGCAGCUCGAGCUGUACGACUAUGGGCGAAACGAGGACUACAUUUACUGCUGGGGCUGGUGCACAGAACUACACCAAGGGCGGCGCAGCAGUCGCAAGUAAAGAGACCACAUCCAAAGCGGCCCCUUCGAGUUGUUCGUCCUCUACCGUUUCUGCGGGAAAAAGUAAUCAACCCACGGCCUUCGCCCCCCCAAGUGCAGCGCAGACUCUGUCCAAUGCAAAUAAAGCCGACGUACUCCACAAGGGCGGGAUGAACAAAAAAGGUGCAGGUGCGGCGCAAGCAGCAAAACCAAAAACGACCCCUGUGAUUCCACAUCCCGAACUGGGAGAAAAUAUCCAAAAUAGCAGCAACGCCGCCAAGAAAAUGAAAAAACAAAUCAAAUACCCGCCCCCUUGCGACCUUGACGAAGACCCAGAGCCGGACGAGAUUUUGAUGAGCUUGAACAAAAUCGAUGAAGAAGAGUACCCGAGUCUCAGCGCCGCUCUGGUCACAAAAGUGCCGAAAAAGCAACAGCACUUGGUGAAAAAGACGGCGGUAGCGAAGCCGAUUCUGAAAAGGACAUCAAAGCCGGACGAUCAGGAAGUAGAUCUACUUCACGAUGCAGAAAAAGGACCAACAUCUACUGGAGAACAGCAGCGGGGGGGACACGUAGUAGGUGCAGUUGCUGUAGUUCCUGUUGUUUCAUCACAAACACAACAAGAUAAAAAACCUACAUCCGGCCGUGGGCAACACGGACAGGGAAAAAUUGUGCUGCAGUUCAACGCUUCCCCGAAGUAUCCCGACCCGCAGGUUCGCACAAAGAACGGUGGUGGAGGAACGAAUAUUAAGUGUUCUUACACAACCACCGCAGCUACCAGUGCCGCAAGUAGCAGCAGCAGCAGUGAACAAUCGGGUGACGACGAAGAGGAGGACGACGAGGAAGAUUCCGAAGAAAAAAGGGGCAUUUUCACUGAGUAUGACCCGGUGACCGGGGAAAUGAAAAAAGUCCGCUAUUCCACCGUGGUCCGCGAAUCUCCGAAGGUGUUUCCGGCCGAAGAGCCGGACGCGUACUGGUCCGACGACGAGGGGCUGACCCUGGUGCCGCAGGUAUUGAAGCCGAAAAAAUCCCUGCUGCUGGACUUUAUCAAUUUGGAAUCGAAGGUGGACGAAGAGGGAGAAACGGACUUCGGGCAGUUUCAGAGCUUCUUUCGCGAGUGGCUCGAGGAGAAGGAACUAUUCGAGGAGAACGAAAUCGAAAGUCGGCCUCUGGAUGAUCUGCUGGACCUGAUGGCGGAGGAAGAAAUCGGGUAUUCUGAGUAAAAACGCUCCACCCCAGAGUUGUCAUGCGAAUCUGCAUGCCAAAAAAGUUUCUCAUGCGAAGCCCCAUAAGAAGCGUUUUCUAAAGUUGUGCUCUGGAUUUUGUGAUGCUAGAAUCAGCAUGAUAUGCUAGAUCUGUGAUGCUGCUGCACUAGCUAAACAGGAGUACACUACAAGGACAAACUUGUCAUGCGAAACAACCAAAGCUGGUUGAUUUGUCUAGCAGAUUUCCCAUCUUGACUCUGGUGUGGGGACGUUUUUACUCCGGAUAUCGGGGAAGACGACAUUGUGAGGGAAGUCCUGAAGGACCUCGACGGCGUGCUCACCAAGCGGUGCAAGACGCUGGAGACGGUGCAGCGACGCGACGUCCGCCCGUAUUGUGAGGAAAAAUGCCCCCUCCCCAUAUUGAAAAGGUACAUUUCAUCUGGAAAUUUGUAAUGCUUAUUUGUGGCAACAAAUCGUCUCUGUCUUGCCAGGAGGCAAACCCAGAAGACUUCCCGCAUUAUGCCAGCGGUUUGGGAUGCUGUUGGGCCUACGGCGUCGACUUUUGUCAUGCUGAGCGCCUAGGCUAAAACCUCUCCGCGCAGGCUUGCUAUGGGCCUGCAGUCCUCUACUGCAAGACAAGGCUGAGUCGUGUACGCAGAUCCAGCAUCAGAAAUUUCGCUUUGAUAUGGGGAGGGGAAAUUUUUCCUCGCAAUAGCCCGGAACAGAAAACCUGGGUGUGCCAACCGUGUUUGUAUCUCCCACCGAAGGACCAGUGGAUUGACCUAGACGCGCACCCCGAGGCCUGGCAACUCCUGAGCACGGUGCGCAUCGGUAUGAAUUGCAAAAGCAUCGUACUAGUAGUAAUUGCAUAAUUACAAGUUGCCUCAGCAUGACAAAUGGAAUGGAAUUUGUCAUGCUGUUUAACCUUCAGGACAAGAUUUGUCAUGCAUAAAUUGCAAUUAGUACCAGAGUGCGAUACAUUUGCACAGGAUAAUCGGCACGCCGCAGCAAAUUCACGACGCGAUCCGGCGGUGCAAGAAACUCAGCAUCGGGCUGAUCCGCGACAAGCGCGGGCGGUGCGUCAUGCACUACGCGGCGCAGAAGGGCAACGUGGCGGCGCUGGAGUACUUUGGGCCGCUGGCCAACGCCCUGGACCGGGAGGGCUGGGCCCCCCUCCACUACGCGGCGUACUUUGGGAACCGGGUCUCCUGCGACCGGCUGGUCCUAUCAAAUGUAAAAAUGUCUGGGUCUGGAAGAAUGCAACUUGUCAUGCUACUUUUGGAAUCUACAUAAAAUCUGUAUUGCAUGAACAGCAAAAGAAGUGUAAUUUGUGCCUCGCGGAGAGGGCAUUUCUCAUGCGGUAUGAGCAUCAGCAAGCGCUCGCAAAAUCUCUGAUGCUCGGGCAUGCAUCACAGACCUCAUGGGCCAUGCAAAAUCUGCAUGACAAACUCCUGCAUUCUUCCAGACCCAGACAUUUUUGCAAUCCAUAGGUCCAGCUGGGCGCCGACAUCGACAUGCCCUGCUUGCCGAACGGGAAAACGCCGUUUGACUACGCCGAGGACAGCUUCAUGAAGUAUGGAUUGCAAAAGUGUCUGGGUCUGGAAAGUUGUGAUGCAGGUCACUGAAUAAUAACCACACUGUAAUGCGCCGCCAAGCAUGACAACUUUUUUCAUGCUUCUGUGUUGCGUAGUUCCGCAUGAGAAACUGCGUGCUUGCAUGACAGGCAAGAGGAGCUCUUGGUUGCCACGCAAUACAGAUCCCAGAGUCAUGCCAGUCUAGCAUGACAAAUCUCGCGAUCUCCCAGACCCAGACAUUUUUACAGUUCAUAUGAAGUGCACCAUGACCACCCUGGCGCUCAACGGCGCCAACAGCAUGAAGGCCCGACGCAUCGCGCACGCCUUCAUCGAGACGCUGUCCGUCACGUACCGCAAAAAGCUUAUGCAGUGCAAAUAUGUCUGAAUGUCUGGAAACUUGUGAUGCUGGGUGGCGUAUCAGGAGGGAGCCACAAGUGCUGGCUCAGCAUGACAUCAAGUCUCUGAGCUUCUAGGUGUUCUGCCUAUUCUGCACGGCAAACUGCGUUUCUGCAUCACAGAAAAAUCGGGCUCUUGUGUAACGUGCAUGACAGAUUUAAGAGUCAUGCCAGACAAGCAUGACAAGCCUGGCAUUCUUCCAGACCCAGAUGACAUUUUUGCACUUGAUAAAGCUGAUGGCCGACCAACUGCGGGUGAACGCGGCCACCGCGGCGGCGGGAUAUCCUGAGUAAAAACGUACCCACACCAUAGUUGUCAUGCAACUCUGCAUGCUUAAAAUGUUUCUCAUGCGGAGCCCCAUGACAAGCGUUUUCUAGUGCGGUUUUGAAAUUUGUCAUGCUCCAAUCAGCACGAGAUACUAGAUCUGUAAUGCUGCUAAACUAGCUCAAACAGCACUACACUACGCGGACAAACUUGUCAUGCCAAACAACCAAAGCUGGCUGAUUUGUCUAGCAGAUUCCCCAUCCUGACUCUGGUGUGGGUACGUUUUUACUCAGGAUACGGGAUCCGGGAUCUUCGGCACGGCUCCGCAGAAGCCCAAGGAGGGUGCGCCCGAGGACCAUAUCAAAAGGAAAAAUUCCCCCUCCCCAUAUUGAAGCGGUAUGUUUCCGAAAAUUUGUGUUGCUGAUUUGAGGUCACAAAUCACAUUUGUCUUGCAAGAAGGCAAGGGUAAAGGCUUCCGCCCCAUUAUGGAAGGAAUUUGUCAUGCUGAUGAGCCUAAGGAGCAGCCGCCUGCCAUGCUGAACAACUAGACCCAUACGCCCCUACCUAGCCUGGGGAUCUGGCCGCAAUGCCUUCCUGCAAUACAAAGCUGAUUUGUGUACACAGAUCCAGCAUCAGAAGUUCCGUGUUGAUAUGGGGGGGGGGAUUUUUCCUUUCGAUAGACCAGUCACUUUCGCUGGUGGAGCUGGCGCUCGGAGAGGAGGCGCCUGCGCACCGCGCGCAACCGGCAGUGCUGGCGGGGAAUUCGAGGCCGCAGGACCAUCAUCAAACUACCGGCGGGAAAAACAACCUUCAACACAGCCGCGGAAAUAAACAACAGGCCCACAACUACCAUUGGAACCACCACGGCCAACAGCACAAAACAGCCCAACAUCACCACUCCGGAACAACAACAGCAGUUCCUACAGGUGGUGGGGGUAAGCAUUAUGGAAACAGCAAGCAAGGCGGCGGGGGCGGUAAAAAUCAUGCUCAGGGCGCAGCUGGCGGAAAUAACAAAGGAACGCAUAACUACAGUAGUGCAGCCGGAGGUGCUGGGGGAAAUAUUAACAAAGGUGGUGGCGGUGCGAACAAGCAGGGGAAAAGCAAGUCGUAAAGAGCUUAAAUAUCAUUGCGCCACGACGGAGUUGUUUUAUAUAUUUUCUGAGAAAUCUUUUCGUUGCGGAAAUUCUGGCACGUCGACGCCGAGACACGAAUUGAAGAAACUGCCUUGUGGAAGGAGACGCGAAUAGGUACUAACCUCAAGAAAUGUAGUGCUGGAGCAUGGAUACUGAAGUAGGAAGAUGUUAUCUAAAUUUCUUUUUUUUAUAUAUUACAAAGGCACAAACAUAAAACAUGACAACAUCUAAUGACAACUUCAGAUCGGAAAUGGUGUUGAUCCAGCAGGCCUGUCGUCAUCAUCUCGUCGCUGUUCCACUUCGUGUUCUGUAAUGUGCGGUCUGACCCCUUCUUCCGGCUUCUCGCAUUGCGAAUCCACCGGUCUCCGCACUGCUGUUCCCUCCUCCUCGCGACGAUGCUACGGCUGCUCACAUCGGAGGUCAGUGCGCAGCUAGCCACACCACCGGGUAGUUGCCUCCACCCCAGCUGAGCGUGGGAGUCGACAGCCGUGGAAGAUGUUAUCUAAAUCACAACUGUUUCCCUCAUCGUGGCGCCUAUACUGACGAGAGCAAAAUCCAAAAAACUUUCACGGUCCCCAUUGAUUUCAGCGCAAUUCAAUGUAUUUUGAAUUUGAUGCUGAGAAGUCUCGUCAUUCUGCAUAUAACUACUCUCACGGAAGAUGGAGGGGCGCCGCGCAGUACGACGCAAUAUUGGUAUUUUGUGAGUGCUUGCCGCGUGUUUAUCG